AUGGGCUUUGUUAGUGCGCUGGAGUCAAGAGUGGAGCAUCUGACAAGGGUCCGUCCACUGACUGGGGCUCUGGGGCCCUGGGGGUGGGCGCGCAAGCUGCAUGCUGCUGCAAGAACGUCGCGGUACGUAUCCAUUGCUUUUGCCAGGGAUUUUAAUGGAAGUGCGAGGCAAGAGGGUCUGAGCUUUCAUUCAGACCGACCCUUCCGUUACGUCGUUCUUUCUUUCCUCUCAAGCCUCUGUCCAAAGUCAAUGUACUCCGUACCUGGCAAUUCAUGGUGUCUGUACAUUACAUCAGUCAAAGCCCUAAAAGACACGAGGCAUGCGAGUGAUGGUGAUGGUGAUGGUGAUGGUCAUGGUGAUGAUGGAAGCACCCGAAACAGUCUGCAGUCCAAUAUGACUUACUACGUACGCACCAUCAGGACUCGUGGUACGGUCGAGGUAGCCUUCAUGAACGAAUGGCUGGACAGGCCACGCGAAUGGGGCCCAUUUUGUGUCUCAACCGCCUCGGGCGGUACCUCGAGUCUGGGACGGCGGCGUUGCUUCUUCCCUUUCCACCACCACCCUCCCUCCCACACCUCUUUCUCCUGUCCCUCACCGACCUGCAGUAGCUUCCCUCUCACCUUCGGGUCUGCACCCUACACCCUCAUCCCUCGCCCCUCGCUCAUCUGCAAGGGUCAACUUGCAAUAGCAGAGAAACUCACCAUCGAUCCCCCUCCCCCUUCUUGGCCCUUUUCGUUUUUCCUGCAAUACUGCCGGCUCUUUUGUUGCUCCUUGCUUCUUCCUAUUUGUCUCGUCAACCUUACCCUUUCUCCGUCUCUUCUGUCUCUCCUCCUGUUCAUGCAAGGUGGUCGCAAGACUAAGGCACAAGACCAUUCAUCUUUACUGUCUCUGCCUCAUCUCCAUCCAUCUCCCUGGGCUUCUGCGGCCGAGAAGAGAGCUGCAAGACAUGCGAGACAUACUCUCCCACAGGACAUGCCUUCUACCUUGCCUCACGAGGCUCAUGACAUACAUCUCCCUCAGCUUGGUAUCCCCGUUCUAUUGGAAAGCCUCGAGUCAGGGCUUCCACACUCUUCGACUUUCGAGGCGUUUAUUGUUUCUAACGACAGACUUGCAGUCAGUUCGGCCCUACAAGAUUGUCUACAGCACUUCAGUCUCUCUAUGCACUCACGUUUAUCCACAGUUGCUGCGAUUGCUUCAAAGUUUCGUCUGCUAGAUGAGCCGAAAGCAAAGGACUAUAGAUGA